GAACUUUAUAGUAUCAUCAGUGAAGAGGAUAUUUUGAUUUUCGACCUCAAAAUCGAAAAAUGACGGGUUACGUAGCCCGAGAUUUUAUAUUUUAGCGGGCUGGACUCGAGCGCUCUCUAUCUCGUUCGUCUUUCUACCGCUUCGCGGCGUAUCGCCUCACGUCUUGCGCUCCCACCACGCUGGCUUUCUCGCACCAAAAUCCACAUAUAAAAAUCAUUGGGCAAAUGCAGUCCGCGCGGAGUUCGGUGCUAAGCUCCGGCUCACCCAAUCAAAAAGAAGUUCGCAUCAGCCAAUGCGAACUUCCUAUUUUCACGCGUGCCUUGGGCAUCUUGACCUACGGCACGUGCCGGAAUUCAAACAUAAUUUAUGGCUUUUUAAUAGGUGAUGAGGUGUGAAAUCACAGUCCUUGUUUAUGUACUUGCUCCUAUUGUUAGCAGGUGUCAGACGAGCUGUCAUCACCUGAUAAAAAUCUUGUUCACACCUCAUAAAUCUCCCCUUUGAUCCACCUGAUCGGCGGCAUCCUUUUGCGGUAGUUCUGCGAAUUCUAUGUAACCGAUUAAGGAAGUAAAUGUGUUAGAGUUCAGAAGCUAAAUAAGUCGGAGUAUAGUCGGGAAAAUCAAUUCUGUACCGUCUUGGCAUACGAAAGCCCAGGCCUGUAGUUCAGAAUCGAAGGCACCAAGUGUACACAUAAAAAAAAUUCGAAAAUUUUUUUUUUUCGUACAUUGUGCUAUUGUAUAUUAUGGGAGGGGGGGUGACAGACAUAAUUUGUUGAUUUUUAUUAACAUUUGACAUCGAAUCUUGUCAGAAAUUGUGGGAUAUUGUGGGGACGUUAAUACCAUCACAUCCGAAUUUUUCAAUUUGGCAAUGGUGAGAAUGUUUGACUUGAAUGUUAAUCGUGACGAUUAAAAUAUUAUUAUGCAACUUCCCUCUGCGGUAUACCUAUAUGGUUGUACCCAGCCAUCAACCCUAUAAACAAGAAGUGGCUCAUGUGCAUAACACCACAGACGACCAUUACGCGAAGAAGUAGGAAGUAUUGUUUCGCAAACACGCGUGUGAAUAACUGAAUCGCAGUAUAUCACAAAAAAAUAAAAUUUCAGAAAGAUGUGACCCAGGUCAGUUUCUCUAAAUUACACCGAUCGCAGGGAAUUUCGCAGAGCUAUAACAGUUGAGGAUAAGUUUGCGUUGUUUCAAGUUAAACAUAACGUACGUACGGAUGUACACCGUAGAUUGAUACUACGUCCGUGAAUCCAAACGCGUACCGUAUAAUUUUCUCUUCGAUGAAAAGUUGUUUGAAAUUUCACCGUACAAGUGGCGACGCAAGCGCAACUUGAAUGCUGAAAAGCUUUCGGUCGUUUGAUACCCUGAUAUGAAUCUUCGAAGACACUAGUCGAAGUCGAACAUCCGGAAAUCGAAUACUCAACACAUCCGAACUUGUCCAAAAUCUCCCUGUUUCAGAACGUCAGUCAACGUUCGCCUGAAACCUGGUCUCUCAGACGUCGCUCUUCGACAGUAUCCAUUCUUUCGUCGUUAGAAAUCCGUAAUUAUGACUCGUGCGGAAGACCAGACAUUCACUCGCCUGAUUCGUACGAAUGUAUUUCUUCUGAAACUGUCUGGAAUGAUUCCACUGGACGGUGAAAUUUUCUACAACUCGAUCCUCAGUUCUUGUCUGACGAUCGUGUCCUUCUCGAUUCUGAUGGUGCACACGUGUUCCUUCGUCUACGACGUCGUCAUUCACGCAGCGUACAUCGAAACCGUAGUCGAAUCCUUCGCUCUGAUCAUCUCUUUCUUAGGUGGCCUGAUCCGCAACGUGAUAUUAUACCGCUCUCGCGGAAAGGUUCGAGCGAUGAUAGCGUCCUUCGAGAGUCUUUGGAAAAUUCAGGACGUCGAAGAGCGCCGACUUAUCGCGACGUACGUGAAGAACGCGAAAAAUCUUACGUACUUUUUUCUAUCGCAGUGCAUAGUCACGAUUAUAUUCUACGCGAUUUCACCGCUCUUCGUGAAAUCUGAAGACGUUGAUGUCAACGCGACCAGGUUAUUACCGUACGCGUUUUUCUUGGAGGUUCAUCGGUCGCCUUACUACGAGAUCACCUACUUUCUUCAGGUUUCCAGCAUGCUUAACGUCGGAUUUACCUGCGUCGGUGUCGACAUGAUUGCACCAAUUUUCAUCAUGACCGCUUGCGGACAUCUGAGAGUCAUUCGGGGACGACUGGAAAGAAUCGGACGGAGUACGACAGUUGGAAAAACCGCUACAACGCGGGAAGACAUUCUUCGAUAUUUAGGAAAUAAUCCUCGAAGAAACGGAGGUGGGAGUGACCGUUUUUUAGAACCCGCACCGACGUCAGGGUUGAAGAAUUGCCUGGAUUAUCACAUGACGAUACUCUCAAUUUGCGAGGAGAUCGAACGAUUGACGAACGUUAUAUUUCUCACGCAACUCGUGGGCAGUACGUAUAUUCUGUCGACCGUUGGAUUCAAAUUGUCCGGGAAUGACCAGGACAAAUACAAAUACUCAACGCAGAUCAUCAUCGGACUCGUUCAACUUUUUAUUUGUAACUGGCCGUCGGAUACCCUGUCGUUGGAGAGCGAAGCGAUCGCGAGAGCCGUCUACUCCCUGCCAUGGUACCAGUGGUCGAACGGUAUGAAACGAUCUGUUAACAUCACAAUCAUGCGAGCUCAAAAACCAGUUCGACUGACAGCUGGAAAAUUCAUAUAUCUCUCACUGGAGACUUUCGCAUCGAUGACGUCAACAGCUGUUUCGUUCUUCACCAUGCUGAGGUCUUUAUAUACCACUUCUUCAGAAACUUACCCGGGGCGUCCGUUUGCCUCACGUAAUUCUGCUAUUAUCGAAACUUUUUGUCGAAUUGACACUGAUAAACCCGCCUAUAUAACUCAUGGAUGUGAAAGCGUAGCCACGAUUUGCGAAAUUCAGUUGAUUUCUGCAGUUCUUUGGAGCAACUUAAUUUUCGAGAACGUGGAUAUAAUAUACAAACGUCGUGGUGGUGCUGAGGUCAACUUUCGUAUGGCUCACUUGCGGCCCCUUGCUAGAAUCAUGCAUAUGAAAAAAUCUUUCUGGGAACAUUUUUGGUUGGCAAAAUUAUGCCUCCAAAUAGUAGGAAUCGUUAAUUUGAACGGACCACAGACUAAAUGGAAGAUUGUACUCUCGAAGUUUCUAAUGGUUGGUCCGAUAAUUUGCGUUAAUUCGGUUUUGUACGAACAACUACAUCUGUUGAUUUAUCAGAAACCCACGAACGAUGAGCUGGUGAAGAUCACAAUACUCUUGAUACCCAUUUUUGUGAUACAAUGCAGAGCAGUGAUGGUAAUCUUCAACAGCAUUCGACUCAAGCGAUUAAUUACGAUAUGCGAAGAUCUGUGGAACAAUUCAACCCCCCAGGAAUAUACUGUAAUUUUCCGAUGGGGGAAUCGCAAUAAUAUCAUUAUCAAGGUUUCCAUCACGUGUUCGGUAAUACUCAGCCUGUCAUAUCUGAUGAAUGCGAUAAUACAUAAAUUCAUCGCGCCUUCGAACGGAGCAGGAAGAUAUUCUCUAUUGUCAGCGAAGAAAAUUUUCACUCCGAGUCCCUGGUUUGAAAUUUAUGUCACCAUUCAGGUAAUAUUAACUUUCUAUUCGAAUUUUGCUCUUGCGUCCUACGACAUGAUGGGUCCUUUCAUGACUCUGAACAUGUGCGGGCAACUGGAUCUUAUGACAAAAUGGCUUGUGGAUAUUUCGAAGAACCUGUCAGACGCGUCGAAUCUGAAGUUCAAAGGAGUUGAGAAAAUGUCACUGGCAAAAGUCAUCCGCAAACACCAGGACGUUUUAGAAUUGUGCGCAAAAAUCGAGGAAGUGUCUCAAUAUUCCAUUCUGAUCAAAGUGGUGGACCUCUUGUACGUGAUAGCUCUCACAGCGUCCAGAAUUAUGGCCAGUUCUGCACAAUUGGGUGCCACGAUUUGGUACGCGGUAGCAGUUCUGUACUCAUCAUGUGGCCUUUUCUACGUUUGUUGGCCAGCGGAGAUGCUUUCUAAUUCUUGGGACAAAGUGGCGAAAGCGGUGUACGAGAUUCCGUGGUACAAACUUUCAAAAUCUGACAAGAAGACAGUGAUAAUCAUGUUGGCACAAAGUCAAAAUCCCGUGAUUCUUACGGCCGGAAAAUUUGUUGAUUUGUCACUGAAAACAUUUUACGCUGUGAUGUCCAACUCCGUGUCGAUCUAUUUGGUUCUGAGAAAUUUGUAG